ACUCCGCGGCACCGGAGGCAGGAAGGGAGAGGAGAGCGGGCGGAGGCGAGGCGCGUGCUUCGGAGGACGCCGCACCCGCCUGGAGGCCCUGGACGCUGCUCCCCAAGCUCCACCGCACCAUGGCCCCGAAGCUGCUGCUCUUCCUCUGCCUGUUCUCGGGCUUGCACGCGCGGUCCAGAAAGGUGGAAGAGGAUGAAUAUGAGGAUUCAUCAUCAAACCAAAAGUGGGUCUUGGCUCCAAAAUCCCAAGACACUGAUGUGACUCUUAUUCUCAACAAAUUGCUGAGAGAAUAUGAUAAAAAGCUGAGGCCGGAUAUUGGAAUAAAACCGACUGUAAUUGACGUUGACAUCUAUGUUAACAGCAUUGGUCCUGUGUCAUCAAUAAACAUGGAAUACCAAAUUGACAUAUUUUUUGCUCAGACCUGGACAGACAGUCGCCUUCGAUUCAACAGUACUAUGAAAAUACUCACUCUGAACAGCAACAUGGUGGGAUUAAUAUGGAUUCCAGACACAAUCUUCCGUAAUUCUAAAACUGCAGAGGCUCACUGGAUCACCACCCCCAAUCAGCUACUCAGAAUUUGGAAUGAUGGGAAAAUCCUUUAUACUUUAAGGCUCACUAUAAAUGCAGAAUGCCAGCUGCAGCUGCACAACUUCCCCAUGGAUGAGCACUCCUGUCCUCUGAUUUUCUCCAGCUAUGGCUACCCCAAAGAAGAGAUGAUUUACAGAUGGAGAAAAAAUUCAGUUGAGGCAGCUGAUCAGAAAUCCUGGAGGCUUUAUCAGUUUGACUUUAUGGGCCUCAGAAACACGACAGAAAUUGUAACAACAUCUGCAGGUGAUUAUGUUGUCAUGACCAUAUAUUUUGAAUUGAGUAGAAGAAUGGGAUACUUCACUAUUCAAACAUACAUUCCCUGUAUACUGACUGUGGUUUUAUCCUGGGUGUCAUUUUGGAUCAAAAAAGAUGCUACACCAGCAAGAACAGCAUUAGGCAUCACCACAGUGCUGACCAUGACCACGCUCAGCACCAUUGCCAGGAAUUCCUUGCCCCGUGUGUCCUAUGUGACUGCCAUGGAUCUCUUUGUGACCGUUUGCUUCUUAUUUGUCUUUGCUGCUCUAAUGGAGUACGCCACCCUCAACUAUUAUUCAAGUUGUAGAAAACCAACUACCACUAAGAAGAAAACAUCGUUAUUACAUCCAGAUUCCUCAAGAUGGAUUCAUGAGAGAAUAAGCCUACAAGCCCCCUCCAACUAUUCUCUCCUUGACAUGAGGCCACCACCGCCUGCAAUGAUCACUUUAAACAAUUCUGUGUACUGGCAGGAAUUUGAAGAUACCUGUGUCUAUGAGUGUCUGGAUGGCAAAGACUGUCAGAGCUUCUUCUGCUGCUAUGAAGAAUGCAAAUCAGGAUCUUGGAGAAAAGGGCGUAUUCACAUAGACAUCUUGGAGCUGGACUCAUAUUCCCGGGUCUUUUUCCCUACAUCGUUCCUGCUCUUCAACUUGGUCUAUUGGGUUGGAUACCUGUAUCUCUAAAUGUUGCUAUGGUGAUGAGUGAAGAGCACUAGGUUUCCGUCUUUACCUUUUACCCUCCCCAGACCAGUAGUGACCAAUUGCAGUAGGAAGGAAGGACACUGCUCAAUUUAUCUGAAGUUAUACAUUACCUUUGAGCAGUACAGGAGUAUGUGGCAAAUAUUUCUAUUAUGUAUUUCACACUCACACACAUGUGUGUACACACACAUUAAUUGAGUUUUAAAGUGAUAUUCUUGCUAAUCCCUUAUUAAAUCUGUAGCUUGGUGAUGUUUAUGAAUGGUUUUUGGAUAUUGAAAGCAGUUGCCAAUUGUUGCCAAGAAAUCUGUAAAACAUGCAAGCAAAU